AUGGCUGCCUUGUGGAGGUCAAUCCGGCAAACUCGGAGAUAUCGGGGCACAUUUUGCAAAUAUCUGGAAUUCAGACGCUGUUUAUUGUCAGACAGUUAUCGUUGUCAAGAAGAAUGGCAAAAAUAUCUGAGUUCACCAACUCUGACACAAGUUGAAUUUGGUUAUUUGUCUUAUCAAAUGUACACAAAAUUGGAUAAUCAAGGCUUCAGUAGUUUGAUAGAUAUGGAUAUACUUGCCAACAAAGUCAACACAAUGCACAACCAGGAUCAUGAAUACAUGCAGAGAAUAAUUAAAAUGUUUAGGAAAAGCAAGGAUGCAUUUCCUGUACGUGAUUCUAUUGUUCAUGGUAUUAUACGAAACUACCUUGAAAGAGGAAUGGACAAAGAGAUUCUAGAAAUGGUACAAGAUCGGAAAACAUACGGCUUAUUUCCUGAUUCUUACACAGCUAAUUUGCUAAUGGAUCACUUCCUAAAGCAGGAACAGUAUUCAGAAGCGGCAAAGGUGUCCUAUGAGUUAAUGUUCCAGGAAGACUUCAGCAAUUAUGUGAACUUUCUGUUGUCCCUGUACACAUGUACAAAGCACCUGACUCACACAGCAACCAUGGAUGCUCACAUCAAGAAUGAAGCUGAUGAUGAGGAAGAAGCAGAUGAUGACGAUGAGAACACAGAGUGGGUUGCCAAGAAAGUAAUCCAAGCUCCAUUGUAUGAUGACCACUUUGAUAUCCAGUGUGACCAGUACAAGCUCGGCAAGACUCUGUACCUGCUUGGUUGUGUACAAGGGAAUGACCUCUUGGGACGAACAGUGAAGAUCAUGGGUCUCGCCCUCUAUAAUAAAUUUCCAAGGGCUUUAAAACUGCUGAGACAAUGGCAAAAGUCCGGGGAAAAGCAAGUGGUUAUGAAAGAAACGAUUGAGAAGUUAAGAGAGCUGCUGGACGAAGCUGCUACUAGAGAUCCAGAUGUUCCAGAGAAAGAUUAUUCUGCACUGACGUUACAGGAUGAUAUACUUAAACAUAACCUCACACCUGAAGAAAAAGACAAAUAUACCAAGGAGCUAGAGGUAUUGUCUGCAGAACUUGAAAAUAAAGACCUGUUGUCAUCCCAAUCUCUGGCUAAUGCAGUAGAGACUUUUGUGACAAAGGAGUUGAAAAACUCUGAACAGACAGAGAUUGAGGAUUAUGUAAAACGAUUAGACCUGUGGGAAGGUGAACGACAGCUUAUGUUUAACCAACAGGUAGAGGAAUAUCUACGAAAUGAGAAGAUGGAGGAGAUUGCACAAAAACUUGCAGAAUUACAAGAAAAAGAAGAAACCCUGAGAUUCUUCGAAAACAAACAACAAAUUAAGAGGGCAUUCUUGAAAGCUCCAUGGGAAAAAGAGGAAGCAACGGAGCUCACUUUGGAUGAAUUGGAAGAAAAAGAAAGAAACAAAAAGAACAGAAAAAGUAUUUUAUAUAGAAAGCGUCGUUAAUAAUAAUGUCGGCAAAGUCAGAGCUAAUUUGUGUAUGUUUAAAAGAACUUUAUGUGAUAUUGGUUUAAGUAUAGGCAGAGCCAGUUCAACGCUCAUUCUAUUGAAAGAUUUCCAUAUACUGCUAAAAUAAAGCUAUAUAAUGGUGUACUCUGCAUUUCUUGUUUGAAAACUGAAUGAUUAGUUCAGAAAAGAGUGAUUACAAACUGGAUUUACAUGGAAAAUAGCUUUAAUUACUGUUGAAGAAUUUAUUCUUUCAAUAAAAUGUAAUUGGACAUUAGAUAUUCCAGUAUGAAUUCAUCUAACAAGAUGAAAUAUGGGAAGAUUUAAACAAAAGUACUGUUUAAUAAAAAACUUUACAGUUGCCAGAAAGACAAUAAUAAUAAAUGUAAUUAUUUUGUUCAAAAUAUCAUGUGUUUUCUCCAUAAAGAGGUUGGUAUGUUUUGGGUAAGUCUAGUUUUGUUAGCUUAUCAACAUUUUUCAGACCAACUUCAUCACAGAGAAGAUCAUGGAUCUAUAUAUAUUAUGCUGGAAUCACUUUUUCUGAUUUGUACUGUAUUUGAAGUUUAGUAAUGCAUGGCACAUCAUGUAGAUAUGUGCUUUCAGUAUUUCACACCAGUCUAAUAAACUUGAUGACCAUUGAAAAUCCUUUUCACUUCAGAUUUCAAGGAGUCUUCAUGCAACCCCAAUUAUAUAUACUUAGUAGUGUUUCAUCACUACAGGUUGGCAACUGCAGGUCAUAUCAGUCUCCUACUGUGUCCUUUACUGUUAUAAAAAAAAACCUAGAUGAAUGUAUGAAUCAACACUCCAAGCUGUUCAGAAUUCCUUGGGGGGAAACUUGAGGAUAAGACUUUUGAAUCUGUAAAAUUGUCUAAAAUCUUCACAGAACAUUUGUUUGCCAAAUAUUAGUAAUUUAACUGCAAAAAUACUUAGUAAAAGAGAAUUAAAAUAAAUAAAGUAUUGAGUGCAGUC